AUGUGCAUUGGUGCACCAUGCGCAGUGUUGGUCAAUAACUUGAAAUGGUCACGUGCAAAGAUCUUGAAAUUCAGUAAAGGAAAUGGUGUAAUAAUAGAUCUUGUGGAUAUCGGUAAUGACAAUAUUGCCAAAAUAGAAAAUGUUCGGCCUCUUCUGAAACAUUUUGGUCGUUUACCUCCGCUUGCUUUCCGCUGUCGCAUGAAAGACGUCGAUAUGAAUGAUUUAACAGUGGAAAAAGUGAAUACAUUCCAAAAUUUAAUUAAAUCUUGUGGUAAUAUUGUUCGAGUAGAACUUGCUGAUGUUUCAUCCAUACCAUUUCUUGUCAAUUUGUAUCAUCCAACGGUGCAAGGUGUGAAUCUCGGUAAAUUGUUUUAUCGUUGUAAAGAGCAUAUCGAACAUAAGGCGGCCCGAGAGAGACGAUGGAAUAAAAAAUUAGCUCGAAUGAACGACGACUUUUCAAAUGAUUGCUCGAGUGAGGAGAGUUCCGAAGAUAAAUAUUUACAGCCUACACAUGUGUUGCAUUUGGAAAGAUUACAAAAGCCGAUCACUGAUGAACCAUUGUACAUUUCGCAUAUCGAAAAUAGCCGAUUUAUUUAUUUACAUAGUGAAUAUCACAAAAAGACAAUCAAGAAAUUGGAAAAACACUUACUCAUUAAGUGGUCCGAACUAAAAAUUAUUCCUGAGAAAUGGUUGAUACCAGCUCUAGCUUGUGCUUAUGCCGAUAGCUUAGCUUGCAAUCCCUGCCGAGUUAUAGUGGCGGAAGUUGGAGAGCAAAUGGUAUGGCUACGUAGUGUUGAUCAUGGGUGGAAGAAGAAUUUGUCGAAAAUAGACUGUCUAUCUGGUAGUUUACGCCUCCUUACGAGAGAAUUCUCGGAAACACCUCUUACGUAUCUCUGCUGCCUGCCAACCUCAAUGCAGUAUCAUCCACACCGAUCCGAAACUGAUAUUCUGCGAAAUAUUUUACCAACUGGUACAAUUGUAAAUAUUCGUCGCUUCCCGUGCAAGCGGUCUUUACCGUACAGAGUGGAUAUGUUUCUUGAGAAUGAUGAGUCUGUUACUGACAUUCUCGAACACUUGAGGAUCAAAAAACGAAUAAUACACCCGUGCUUCGAUUUGAUACCUUACAAACCAUCGCUGUGCACUCAGUUUUACGAGCUUGAUCGCAAUUAUCAGGAAGAUCUUGAAAUUUUCCAGCCAUUUGCGAAGGGCCGUCUGGAAUAUGCUAAUUUGUAA